AUGCUUGGGGAAGAGGAGAAUGCACCAGCGGUUACGUGGGAGGUGGGGACGGCGUACCAAGUGGCGCUCACGGUGCAGAAAGCCGGCUGCUCGGCGUACGUCGACGGGCAGCUUGUGGGGAGUUUGGGGGAUCAAGGCGCAUCUCCUUUGGAAGCCCCACAUUCCUCUGGAGUUGGUCUUGCGCGGCCUCUGCUGGGAAUGUCACCUGAAAUGAUCUCAGACAUCUACUUUGGGGGUUACGGGGACGGCACCGAGGAAGACGCAGGGAGCCACGUGACGGUGACGAACGUCUUGCUGUACAAUCGCUGCUUCAACGGCAGUGAGAUUGAGGCACUAAUGAGGAGGGAAGAGAGCGGGACGGUGACGGAAGUGGAGAAACUGCCCCCGCCCGCAGCACCCCCCACCAGCGACCCGGCGGGUUCAAUGCACGGUGUGACUGGCAGUUCCGCAGGGGAAGUGCCGGACCACGCGAUGCUCCGGCGCCAGGCCUGA